AUGAAGGUCACCAACGAUACAGUUACAAUUAGAGAACUAAAACUAAACAGAGGUCCUAAAGAACAAACUGUUCAACUAAAAGAUGCUGAUCCAAAUGAGCUUCAGCUUUUUAUUGACAAGAUGCCCGCCACUAUCAAAGGUAAGAGUGUGUUGGUUUCGAUUUUGGAAUAAAGAGGUACAUGGCUGAACCUCUGUACUAACCUUGGAUUAGGCCCUCUUUUCGUUUCGGUUUCUAAAUAACACUCCGGCGGGCAAGGCGAAACGAAAAGAGAGCCCGAUUUUUAGCGGUAGCCGUUAGAGAGAAUGUAUGAGAACCGCUAAAAUUGGGCCUGAUCUCAAGUUACCUCUGUAGUUAUGUAUGGAAACAGGCAGAUCAAGGUUAAUAUGGUGAGAGUAGCUUUAGUUAUUUUUGUUUUGGUUUUUAAAUAAAAGGAGGAAUGACGUUAAACUUUUAAGUUACUGCAUGUAUGUACGUAGGUUUAGUAAUUAGUUACUUUUUUUUUAAAUUGAGAAACAUAUGGUUAACUCGGGCUUAAAUAUUUAAAAUUGUUGAGUGAAAUAUCCAGACUUAAUUUUAUAAACAUAAACGCUAAUAAAUUUGGUCAACCGGCAAUCCUCGCGUCAAAACAGUGUUCGCUGUUAACAGUGUCAAGAGGGGUGUCUGUAAAACAUGCACGGACCGGACACUUGCGGAUCGCGGAUGCGGAUGGGAAAAUGCGGAUGGAAAAAUGCGGAAAGAAUAAAACGAGAAAUGCCGAUGGCAAAAAUAAACAAACAAACAAACAAACAAAGGAAAGAAAUCGUUCUUUCAAGGUUCUGUCACAUGGUUGGGCCCUUCAUGUACAGAGCUCUUGGUCAAUAAUUGGCACAGGUUACUCGUGGUUUUUUUCUCAAUUCUUUGAACCCUGUAAUUCCUUUUAUUAAUGUGACAGAAACAAGGACGCUCCGUUCCUCCUCUUAAACCACGCAUGCUAUGGUGCACUUGUCCUUUGAGUAUAUAGCCUGGAUAUAGUGUACUCAACUUACAGAAGAGAAAAUAUCCUCUGGGCGAUCAAAUCGAGAAUAAUUUGUUUGAGCGCCUUGAGACAAAAAAACGCAGCGUCAAAAAGGAAAAAGGCGGAACAUAGGUAUGUAACUUUCCGAUUUGGCAGAUGCCAAUCAACUCCGCCUAUCGUGUGAAUUUAUUUUUUACAAGUUCUACCUUUUGGGAAUUUGUAAGUGCACGGUGAAUUAUGAAUUCGAAUUUUAAAACUGUAAAAUAUACUGUCGAUUGAAAAGAAAAAACAUACUUGAUCAAACAAGUUAUUUCCCGAAAAUGUGCAAGAAAAAAAUCGCCUCAUCUUAAAGCAUCCUUAAAAUCAAACUCCCGCAAAAAAAGUGUCCCUAGUGAAACGCAUUAAUGAAGGAUACGUUCUGUUUCAUUUGUUUUUGUUUUUAAUUUUCGUCCAAAAAAAAAGAGUUUUCAAAACAUAUCCUUAGCUAUUUUUUAGAACGUCUGUAUCGAGCAACCUAAAACUCGUCAUAAACCACGUGACAGGCAGAUUCGGAAUCGAAAAUAUAUGAUAUUCGGUUUAUUUGGACCGCUCUCGUCAAUGUGGGACGCAGCAACCAAACACAAAACUGCUUUUUAAAGAUUUUAACAAUGUCUACACCAGAUCACCCACUUUUAUUCGUUACAUACAUUCAUACACUGUUACAGGUAUAGCCAUUUCGACACCUAAAGCAGGAUCGUGAGGUUAUCGCUAAAUCAAGAUCUCUCCUUACAGAUAACCCACCCGGCCCAGGGGCGGAUCCAGGAUUUUUUUAGGAGGGGGUGCACUUGUCUCUUGCUCUACUUCAACACCGAUAAACCCCAUAGUUUUUUUUUUUUUGCAGAACACAAGUUGUAUUAGAAAACCGAAGGUCAUCUCAGGGGCGGGGGGGGGGGUGCGCACCCGCUGCACCCUCCCCCUAGAUCCGCCUCUGCGGCCCAGGAAAGGUCAGUCACACCACUAGGGUCUAUUGCUCUUUUCGAACAGUGGUGUGGGUUCUUUUACGUCCUACAAGAACCAGAUAAGUGACAGUACUGUGAGAGGGACCUACGUAUUUCGUCCUUAUCCGAGAACACUUGAAAGUGUAGCUGUUUGCAGAUGUCAUUAUAAAGGCAGCACUUUCUUCUCAGUUAUUAAAAGACCCUGAGUGUUGGUCCGGACGGGGUUUGAACCCGCGACCUCUCGCCCAGCAGACCCGCGCUCUCCCAACUGAGCUAACCAGAAAAGAAAGAACCUUUGCGUAAAGUUGUGAAAAUGGACCGAAGGCCAGACAAAUACUUCUGUUGAGGGAGCGCCAUAUUGCUUGAAAAAGAAGCUCUGUGGAAAAACCCUCGUUAAACAAGACCGAUUCACACAAAACCAGAAGAAAAAAAGAAGGGUUUGUGAUACCAAGUCAAGAAACAUAUCUUUUACGUCUCAUGUCUUGCGUUGAGCAUGUGGUAGCCUGUCAAAAACAAAUCGCAGAUUUGAAAGGACCCAGUUUGCUCAGGAAAUUAGAAAAGAUCCGAAAGUGAAAAAAAAAAAAAAGAUUAGUGUAACAGUAACUUACCUUUUAAACGCAAAAGCUUCACGCUCUAAACUGUCUUCCAUGGCAGAGCUGACCUGAGUCUAGGCGCAGUGCCAGCGUUACAUGAAGAGCCUUUUCAAUACCAGGCUCCUUUGGUGAAAACAGGGCGAUUUACGAGGCGAGCGCGAAACAGGCGAAGCAACGCACGCUGAUUGUUUUGGCGCAGUUCACCUUUUUUUGGUUUAUUUUGUCUUGUUUUCUCCAGUUUCUUUCUUUCUUUUUUUUUUUUAAUAAAAAGUUGUCCCAACAACUUUAUAUACGAGUUUUCUCUGCGAUGAUGGAUAUCUAGCUAUUAUUUAUAAUCGGGAUUUAAAUAUAACAGAACCACAAACGAAAAAACACAUGCUUUAGUAAAAUUUAUAUAUCCGAAAUAUUAUUAUUGUACUAUUGUCUGCAAUUUUUUCCUUCAGUCCGCAUUUUUCCAUCCGCAUUUUCCCAUCCGCAUCCGUCAUCCGCAGGUAUCUGGUCCUUGUUUUACAGACACCCGUGUCAAGAGGGGUACACUACAAUAACAACAUUUAUCUACUUAAAAACAAAAACGCCCGCAAAACAUGAUAUCGGGCUGGCCCCAAUUCUAGUGAUUUGAAGUCAACAAAUCAGAUCAUAUUUAAGACUAUGAAAGCUUAGAGACAAACAUUAGUCUGUAAUCCAGAAAUCGAUUGAUGCGAAUUAACUGCUCGCCUCAUUCUUCUCGCGCGCUGGCGGUUUUGCCGCCAAAAUUUCCCCUGAGAUCCUGACUCGUCCUCAGUCUUCUCUUGUCAUUUGUUAGCGGUCACGAGGGAAUAGAGGCCUUUAACAUCAGGUUUUUCAUGGGAAACCGCAAACCUAGGAAUGUCAUGUGACCAAGGUCUUGCUGUCACGUUUGCCGUUUGGAGUUCACAUUUGAACGGCAGGAAGGGCUUUCAGCGAUAAGUGACUUACGGCAAGGUUUUUUUGCCUCUAAAAAUUGUACAGCCUCACGUUUAAAGGAACGAAUAAGCUUUCUAUAUCUACCUGUAAUGUGUUACUUAGUUUUUUGAUCUCGAAGCAAUGAAUUAGUUAUGUUUUUGGGCGAAAAAAACAAGAACUUCGAAUUUACGAAAAACAACAUGACGGCACUAAACAAUGAACGACUUGCUUAAAUUUGAAAUCCCGGCAACGUGAAACUGUAGACUUGUUAUUGUAACUGCAAACUGAAAAACCUGAUGCUAAAGGUCUCUAAUAUUACGGCAUCUCCCCAAAGCAAAGUCAUAUGAUGGCAAGAAAUACAGUGAAACCUCUAUUAAGCAGACACCCUCUAUUAAGCGGACACUAAGCCGGGUCCCGAAAUUAACUUCUUAUAUUUCCCUUUAUAACGAACCCCUAUUCAGUGGACACCUCUAUUAAGCGGACGCGGACACUAAAAUAAGUUGUAUUUGGCUAAUUUCUAUUGUUAAAAACCUCUAUUAACGGACACCGGACUGAAUUGACAAGAGUAGUAUUGGAUUACGUCCUUCAAAUACGUAAUGAAGUCAGACGAUGUUUUUGCAUUUAUAAACAAAUUCAAGUUGGUAAUAAAAGGUAAUGCAUGUUAACAACAUGCAACUUUAUCACACUACAGAUUAACCGUUCAGUGUUGAUCGUUAACAAACGUUGCGCAACUUUUACAACCUCUAUUAAGCGGAUACUUGGGGAGGUCCCGAAGGUAUCCCUUAAUAGAGGUUUCAUUGUUUUAAAUUGGAAAAUAUUUGGCUAUUUCUCCCUACACUUUCGUUGGGUAAUUCAUCGACCAGUACAGACAGCCAUAGGAAAUGGAUCCGAGAAGAGCUACAUGUAUUUUUUACCCCUUCAUCCUGUUCUUUCAAAAGGCGUAUCUCACGCUCGCCUCCCAUCAACGUGGCCCGGGUUCGAAUCCUAGCGUCCACGCCAUAUGUAGGUUGAGUUUGUUGUCGAUUUUCUCCCUUGCACCUUGCACCAAGAGGUUUUUCUACGGGUACUUCGGUUUUCUCCUCUCCUUUAAAACCAACACUUUCAAAUUCCAAUUCGAUCUGGAACGCAAGGACAUGUUUCAACGAGUUCUUAACAACUCCCAGGUGUUCCGUGGGUAAACAAAUUACACCGAAAAAAAUGGCCCCAGUUGCUGACAUGUUAGAUAGCGCAAUCCACCGGAUAAAUCCCUGUCCAGCGGAAAAGUAGAGUUUGGAAGCAGGAGAUUUCUACUGCUGACCAGAAAGAUCAGCCCAAUAGUCCAGUUUCGAAUUAAAAAUUACCACUGAAUAUAAACAUUAUCGACACAUUCAUACAGGGUUAGCCUCGACGUAAAGCAAAAUAUUCAGAAAUUCUGGCAAGUAAGUGUUUAAAAUUUGAAUAUACACAAUAGACAGAGUAAUAAACAGGUCUUUUUCUCGUUGUAAUUUGUGAAUAUAUUACUUCAGAUGGAGUCUAAGGCUGUAAAAAAUGCGUCUUCACUUCUUUAAUUCAGCGGUAAUAGCGAACUCGAAAAUGGACUGUUGCGUUAUACACUGGAUAGAGAUUUAUCCAGGUGAUAACGCUAUCCAUCGGUUGAACAACAGCUGCCUGGUUCUUACAUGCUUGUGCGCAUGUUAUCGUUACACACUGUAUAGCUUUACAUUUUUUCGAGGAAACCACGGCCUGGAGUCGACCGUAGGUUGGAUGUUAUAGCCCGCAAGGGUCACCAACGUGGGUAUGAUAGUCCCGAUUUAUAUCUAAGUUUUAUCUAGGUUCUGAGUUCUGCAUCGCAGGAUAUAGAUUUACGAUUCAUUUUUUUAAGUCUGCGUAAAAGGGAGAUAAUUUUCUGUUUUUAGACACCCCUUAUCUUAUGUACCUUAUAUCUUGUGAUAAAGAAUGCAACAGAAUACCCCCAGUAUAUAGUCCCGAACUAUAAGUUUUAUCUAGGGUUUGAGACUGAGAAACGAUUUACUUCACCGCAGAAUAGGAUAUAGAUUUGCAACUUGUUUUUCAAUCAGUGUUAAAAGGACGCCCCUUAUGUGUCUUGUAAUAAAGAAUGCAACAGGUUUUUCUUGGAUACUUUUCAGUGGUGAUUCUUAUUAGACGAUGAAGUAUAUAAAUGAAUCGAUAGGAAAUCGCAAUUGACAACAUGACUUCUGAGAAAGUUCAUAUGUUUUACUAAACUUCUGUUUGUAGUUAAAGAAUUUAGUUACAGUUUACAUUGUCACAUAUUGCUUUAUUAUAAAGUUUUUACAAUUUGAGUUACAUUUCAGGUUAGAAAAAUAUUGCAUUUUAUGUUAAAGUUGUUACAUUACGAUUUAAUGUUACAUUUUGCUUCACGUGUUGUUACAUUUCUCGUUAAGGUUACAUUUUGAGCCAUAAACUUCGUUUCUUCCCACCCCGCCCCCCUCCCCCCACCGACUAUAACAACCAGUCCAAACUUAGUGAGUUAAGUUCUUGAAAAGUUCGACGUCUGGCUCAGUUAAGUUCGUUUGAAUGAGUUUGGAUCGUCCAACAUGUUCUAUCCGUCUGCUUUCAAUUUGUAUUUCCGUAAAUAUCUGAAAAAUGUCAGCGUAAUUUUAAUUUCGGACUGGAUCGUGUCGAAACGUUUUUAUAUCAAAUCGACUGAUGUAUCUAUAUGCCCACUGAGUAACCUUUAUUAAGAUACAUUUGUGCGAAAAAAUGAGAACUCGUUCAAAGAAAGGACUAUGUUCUUGGACACACACUUCAAUAUUUUGUGUGAGUUUACAAACAAGCAAUUAAUAUUAAGUGACAACUGGGGCGAAAAGGAAUUCUGAAUUUCAUCUUCUUCAUCAGUAUCUCGUUUAUGCUCAUGUGUCGCUCAUUUUCAAGAGAGAAAUACAGUGCAUUGAAAAUUAUCUAUAAAGUCAAAAUUUGUAAUUUUUCUUUUUUAGGUGACACUUAAUCAUUUCGCCCAUGUUACUUGGGUGAUUUUGAUUGCCUUGUUUUGUUUUUGAUCAUAAAUAUCUUUUCAGAAAAAAUGCAAGAUCUACGAAAAGCAAACUCGCCAGGGCGAACCCCAGAAUUAGAAAGACAGUUGAGAGAUUUUCAGCAACGUGAAGAAAACUUCCAGAGACAGAUACGGGAGAUGCAAGAACACGAACAGAAUUUACAACGGGAGCUCAGAGUGGUUCAAGAAUGGGAUCAGUACUCUCAGAGCCAGCUAACGGAGUUUCGUCAACGUGAACAAAAUAUGCAGAGGCUGCUGAGAGAGCUUCGGGAAGCAGAACAAAAUUCUCAAAGGCAGUUGACGGAGUUUCAACAGCGCGAAGAAAAUUCUCAGAGGCAGUUAACGGAGUUUCAACAACGUGAAGAAAAUUCUCAGAGGCAGCUGAGGGAGUUGCAGCGGCAACUAAGGGAGAUAGGACAACAGUUGACCAAUUCCCGAGGACAAGUUUCUGAACUACAGUUAAGUCUUUCGACAGCACAGCAAACAAUAAAUCAAUUGCGUAACCAGGGAGCACGUGACUGGGUUCUUCCCCGGGACGAAAUUCAAAUCACAGAAAAAUGCCUUGGGAGGGGAGGAUGGGGAAGUGUCAAUGAGGGAACGUAUUGUGGCUGUACUGUAGCAGUGAAAGAAAUCCACGAGUUGAUUCUCUCCCCUCAUAACAUACGUCUUUUUGAGAGAGAAAUGAAUAUUGCAUCCAGGUGUCGCCAUCCUCACUUGCUUCAGUUUAUCGGCGCCACAGUUGACGAGGGAAGUCCUCUGUUUGUGACCGAGUUGAUGGAGAAAAGUUUGCGGGCUCUGUUAGAACAGCGGCAACUGUCCGAAACAGAAAUACGCACCAUUUCUUUGGAUGUAGCUCGCGCACUGAACUAUCUUCACCAGAAGAAACCAGAACCCAUCAUUCACCGGGAUGUGAGCAGUGCGAAUGUGUUGCUAUGGCGACAGGGUGACCAAUGGAGAGCCAAAGUGUCUGAUUACGGCACUGCUAAUUUUAUACAGCAGACCAUGACAGUGGCUCCUGGAGCUAUGAUUUACAGUGCACCUGAAGCACUUACAUCAAACCAAACAGUCAAGGUAAGUUUAAGUGAACAUUCAAGACUUUUUACUUACUAAAACUGUACAGCAAGGCUAACAGUGGCAGAAGUGAAAGUGACGCUUGUCCUUUCCCCCAAACUCGCCCUCUUGUCCACUCCACAAACACUUCAACAUUCUUGAAUUAAAAAUGACCAUAUCUUUGUCAGGAGUCUUUGCACCUUGUUCGGCACUUUUUUCACUCUUUUAUGUUCUUUGUCAUGCAUUUUGUCCACGUAAUUGGAUUUGUUAAUUUAUCCCUUCUUUUCUCUAAAGACAACAGUUAGAGGAUUGCAAAAGUUAGUAUUUUUAGAAACAAAACAUUUAAGCCAAGAACUUACCAAGAGGCAACAGGGGUCUUUUUUGCAUGAGCAUGCGCGACCGCUGACUUGACAAAGAGCACGCGAGCAGUGACAGCGACGGUGCUGCAUAGUCAUAGGAACCAAAUUGCUCACUUUGAAAGCUUGCUUGAGAUUGAAAUGGUAGCAGGAACUUAGGAAAGACCGUCGUUGUACAAAAUAAGUAAAGAUCUGUUGAUUUAAAGUGGAGACUGAUGCGCUGAACGAGGUGAAAGAGCAAGUCUCUCAAGGAUGUCUGACACGAACAUGGCUGCUUGUUGUUGUUUGGCGCUCGACUUCGUGUCUUGAUUCCCCUUCAAGAACCGCAAUGUUUGGCAUAGAAUGCAUUGCUGAUGCCUAGCUAUUGAGCAAAAUGUUUUUUAUUUAGUGUUUGUCUAUAAAUCGGAUGUAAAUCAGUUUCUCGAUGCCGUAGAGGAUUUCUGUCAAUAAUUUGUUAAUAGCUGAUUUAGCCAUAUUUCGGGAGUGGAUUAAUAACCAUCAGCGGGCGACUACCACGCCGUUUUCAGUUGGAAUAGAAAGUUUUUGCCUUACGUAUGUUAGCGAUACAAAGUUUGUUUAUAGGAAAAUUGUAGAACUUCUUGUUUUUGCGUGGACUAACAUUGUAACGCAUCUUUUACAGGAAUUUGCUUCUAGCCAUAACUUAAAUGUUCUAAUGAUUUUUAACUUGUGGUCGGCAUCACAUGUUUACUGUACUUCUUGGAAAACCUAACCAUUUGUUUCAUCAAAAUCGGUCGCAAGCUUGGACUUUAAUUUCGGUCCUAUUGAAUGCAGUUUUGACUGUGUCUCAUUGAUGUUCAUUUUUUUUAUUGUUCGAGACAUACAGAGUGACUACCACCAACAAGAUCUCACCAGGUGACUAAUCUACGUCUCGUGUGCUCUUAAUUUUGUAGCUUUAAAGUGCUGGGAAAAUUGUAGAACAUAUAUUAAUUCACUGCUGAACUGAACAUCGGCUUCCGCGCUCUUCGAACCCACUCGCUGAAAUUUGCUAUGUUUUUUUUUUAAUAUUUCUCUUCCUUUCCCAUUUCAAAACAAAGAAAAUUGAAAGUGUUUACUGGCAUCAACAAACGUUUCUGCACUUUGUUUAGACUUUGAUGAGGUCAGCGCAAUCCUCCAGGCACUACAUAUGCGCGCGCUCUUGUCCAGGUCAAGUGGAGAGAUGAAAUUUGAUAAUUGCUCGUGUAUGUUAAAGCCGGUCUACUUCGCUUUUGUUAAGACCAUGUUAGAGUUUUUUUUGCAAACUGCACGUUUUGUUAAAUCACGAGCACAUUCGCCAAGACCAACGAGCAAAAUAAUCGCUAUGAUAGCUUUAAGACGCGCCAUUUUCAUGAAGGCAAACCCUGUAGUGAGCCUCCAUGCACAUCGCUUGUUCAGCGGUCGCGCAUGCUCAUGCAAAAAAGACCCCUGUUCCAAGAGGCCUUUUAAGGAUCUUCUGUUUUCUAGGCUUUUUUUAUUCAUUUAUCAAUCUUGAUAAUCAUAUAUUUCGUUUGCAUUCUCGAGAUUCUCCCUCUGGUGUUACUUUAACUCUUUUCUUAAUCAGUAUACCACUAAUAAGUAAUCUAAAUAAAGAAUAUUCUGGCAUAAAGUCAUGCAUUAUGAUUGUUUUUCUUAGGUUGAUGUCUACAGCUUUGGUGCUCUUUUCUGUGAAAUGUGCAUCCGGGAACUGCCAGAUCCUACAAGGCGAGAAGAACAAGUCGUGCUCGUAACGAACUCUGUGUUUCGCGGCCUGGUACGGCGAUGCCUGCAGAGAGAGCCUGGGACGAGACCAACCAUGCAGGGAAUAAUCAAUGAACUGAAAGAUGCCAAUGUAUCAUCUUAA